AUGGCUUCACCCACACAUGCAGACAAUGGGGAAGGUUCCUCAUCUCAACCUCCUCAGUCAACACCGCUCUCGACGAGCGCAUUGCGCCCUGGCUCUCCCUCAGCGGAAGCUUCUUCGAGGCAAAUCUCAAUUGCACGGCUAGCAUCCCCAGUACCUUCUCCAGCUAGCUCAUAUCCCCAUGCAACCAGACAACUGCCGGUACCGAUCCAACCAGCGACAAGCACAGGCGAGGAUAUCCGGAAAGUGGAUAAUUUAGCGUCUCUACCAGGUCCUGGGCAAUCUAUGAUCGCAUCUGCCCUCCAAGAAAGCCUCGGUCGCUCACCUCCGAGGCAUGGAACUCCGCCAAGACGCACUGAUUCCCCUGCCUUGCAGCAGGCUCAGCCAAUCAGGUCCAACUAUGGUUCAUUUGACAAUAAGACCGGGUGGGAAGGCUCAGAAUACUCAGCAGGGCCGUAUGAAGACCCGGAAGUCGUCAAACGACACUUGGUACUACCGCAAAAUACUGUUGAGAGUCGAGAUGAUGCUGCUUCUGGGGAUGUUACAAAUGACGAGGAAUUCUCCAGCUUGCAGCUUCAAGGAGGUGACAUUACAAGGCAGGUUUACAGGUGGGCAGAAGGUGCAGAAGCAGGAAGUCCUUCGAGAUUCAAUCGGAGUAAAAGCUUCAGCAUAAAUCGACCCACGCCACAAGAUGAGACGAUGAACAUCAACAGCAUUCGCAUACCAGGAGGAUUCCGCAGAGACUAUAUCCGGAGAACUGUAGCCUCAAACCUUCCAGGAAGCUCUGAUGGCCCCGGACCACAGCCUCCUCUGCCUCAACACCAGCUUCCAACCAGCAGCUUCUUAGAAUUUUUGACUCUUUUCGGCCACUUUGCAGGAGAGGAGCUAGAAGAAGAUGACGAAGUGCUGGGACCCGAUGAGUACUUCUCUGACGCUUGGGAAGAGGAUGGCAGAGAGCCGGGAGAAAGAUCAGCCCUCCUUCGUCCUGAGACUCCUGGAAGAAGAAAACGGAAGCCGCGUGGAGGUACUGGAACCAACACUAGAACUGGAGCAGCUCUACUUCUGCUCAAGUCUUUCGUCGGUACAGGGGUCUUGUUCCUUCCAAGAGCUUUUCUCAACGGCGGUAUGCUAUUUAGUAGUCUGGUCUUACUUGGUGUGUCGCUUCUCAGCUUCUAUGCUUUCAUACUUCUUGUCAACACCCGACUGAAAAUUGAUGGCUCGUUUGGUGAUAUUGGCGGCAUCCUUUAUGGAAAGCAUAUGCGACGCAUUAUCCUUGGAUCUAUAGUCCUGAGUCAAUUGGGAUUUGUGUCUGCAUAUAUUGUGUUCACUGCUGAGAAUUUGCAGGCAUUCGUCCUUGCAGUCAGCAAAUGCAAAUCCUUCAUUGACAUCAAGUUCAUGGUCUUGAUACAGCUGGUCAUCUUCCUACCUCUUUCAUUGAUCCGCGAUAUCAGCAAGCUUGGGUUUACGGCUCUAAUUGCAGAUGUUUUCAUCCUGCUUGGUCUGAUCUAUCUUUACUACUAUGAUAUCCUAACUAUCUCUGCACAAGGCGGUGUUUCGGAUAUCAUAUCCUUCAAUCCAUCUACGUGGACGCUUUUCAUCGGGACGGCUAUUUUCACUUACGAGGGUAUUGGUCUCAUCAUCCCAAUCCAAGAGUCGAUGAAGCGUCCACAGCAAUUCCCUGGCGUUCUCGCUGGUGUAAUGGUUAUUAUCACUAUUAUUUUCCUCUCUGCUGGUGCGCUGAGCUAUGCUGCGUACGGAUCUGCAACGAAAACUGUGGUUAUUCUCAACCUUCCUCAAGACGACAAGUUUGUGAAUGGUGUCCAAUUCCUUUAUUCGCUUGCGAUUCUGCUGAGCACACCUCUGCAGCUCUUCCCAGCUAUCCGAAUCAUGGAAAAUGAGCUCUUCACACGCAGCGGCAAGUAUAACCCCAGAAUCAAAUGGCAGAAGAACUGUUUCCGCUUCUUUCUUGUCAUGAUUUGUGCUUUUGUUGGGUGGGGUGGAGCAGACGAUCUUGACAAAUUCGUCUCACUUGUCGGUAGCUUUGCCUGCGUUCCACUUAUUUACGUAUACCCGCCUCUGUUGCAUUUGAGAGCCUGUGCGCAUUCAAGAAAACAGCAGAUCGCUGACAUUGCCCUUACUAUCUUCGGCGUAGUUAGUUGCAUCUAUACGACUUCACUGACUCUAGCAAACUGGGUCGGAGGAGGAGCUCCUCAGUCCCCUGGAUACUGUGACUCGAAGUCUGGUUAGCAGAUUCUCCAGUCGCUUUCAACGUCUAUAACGUUUGGUCGCCUCAAAGUAGGCGUCCUCCUGAACAUGAAUGAUUGACGCUAUGUUAUAAAACUUGCUCUGUUUGAAUAGCAAGACUGAAUUUCGGGACACUAUUUUGACAUUUUGUCCUAGCUUUCCCUUCUAUCUAACAUCCCAGAUGGAAUUCUCCGUGAUUAAAUUGGUGUACACUGUGAAUACCCAUCCUGCUUGCCAUUGCUAUGUACCAAAUUGUUUCAAGAAUAC